AUGUCAUUAGCUGUGAUACAUUACAGUUACAAUCAUUCCAUCGAGUUUCCAAGCGCUGAGGCGGCUCAGCGAUACGUGCAAACGAAUGGCUAUCGAAAAGUCUACGAACGUGAACGAAGGCGUAAAGGUGGCUUUAAGCAAUAUUAUUUGUGUAAUUCGUUUUGGGACCAAAACGUGAAAUGCUCACAUAAAUUCACGUUGAUCAUCGCAAACGGUCAAAUUAUGGGCAAGACUACCGACGGGGGAAGGCCACAUGAUCACAGGUAA